AUGGGCGUUUCCACAUCAGAUUCUAUUAUUAUUGUCGGCGCCGGUGCUUGCGGCCUCUCAGUAGCACUACAUCUUUCUCUACGAGGCUACACAAAUGUCUCGGUGUUCGCAAAAGAUGAUUAUAUCCCUUUCGGAAACUUGACAAAUGUCUAUCGUGCAGCACAAGAUGCAGGCGUGCGAUUUUUCCUGGGACAGCAAGUCGACCAAAUUGUUUACGUGAGCACAUUGGCCGGCAAAAAGAACGCUGGUAUCCGCACAAGGAAUGGAUUUUAUCCCUCGUCGCUCGUCAUUAUUGAAGCGGGGGCUAGGGAUGACGAUUCAUCUGGUCAGCUGCAUGCGCCCGACUCCUUGGCCAUACCCCUUUCUUGCUAUACCAGCACCGACUCGAAUUCCUUUGUGGAAUACGUGCCACAAGCAUCUUCUUCAGUUAUACUGCUAUCAGGAAAUCUGGUACCAAGCUCUAAGGUGUCUAUGGUGGGACCACUGGUCGUAAAUCUCUUAGAGGGAACGAGUGGUCAGCAAACUGCAUUACAGGCCCAGAAAGUGUCGGAGACUUCACCUCAACCCUUGUCUAGGCUGUGA